AAUAUAAAAAUGACGUCGAGUUUAGUCCAACAAUUUGUCCAGCGCUUAAAGUCGCGUCACGAAGAUGUGCGUAAUAAAGCGGCUCGGGAUUUGUGUCAUUAUGUCAAAACAGAGUUACGAGAAUCAUCACAGGAAGAAAUUACAGCAUUUAUGGAUGAAUUUAAUCAUCAUAUUAUCGAGAUGGUCAACGGAUCAGAUAUGAAUGAAAAAAAGGGAGGAAUACUGGCAAUUGUUUGCUUAAUUGGCGCUGACGUUGGAAACAUCAAUACCCGGACCAUAAGAUUUGCUAAUUACUUAAGAAGUUUACUGCCUUCAACUGAUGUAGGUGUCAUGGAACUUACAGCAAAGACUGUGGGAAAAUUAGCACUAGUUUCCGGUACCUAUACCGCCGAGUACGUCGAAUUUGAAGUUAAACGAGCGUUCGAGUGGCUGGGUGGUGAUCGUAACGAGGGAAAAAGACACGCUGCUGUUCUGGUACUUCGAGAACUAGCUGUAUCGAUGCCCACGUAUUUUUUUCAACAAGUAACGCAAUUCUUUGACUUGAUAUUCAAUGCGGUGAGGGAUCCAAAAGCCGUAAUUCGUGAGGGAGCAGUCGAAGCGUUACGCGCUGCUUUGGUGGUAACUGCUCAACGCGAGACAACAAAACAAAUGCUCAAAUCCCAGUGGUACAAGCAGUGUUACGAUGAAGUAGUCGCCGGCUUCGAGGAGGUUUAUAGUAAAGAGCGAGGAUACAAUCGGGACGAUCGUAUUCAUGGUUCGCUGUUGGUUCUUAAUGAACUGUUUCGUUGCAGUAAUAUCCAGUGGGAAAGAGAUUACGAAUCUCUGAUGGAGCGAUUAAAUUGCCCGACUCAGCAAGCCGAUAACGAUAUUCUAGCUCUGAUGCCACGAUUAAAAACAAUUAUUGUUUCCAAGUGGUCGGGCUGUCCAUCCGGAGAUAAUUUUCAUCAUACACAGCAGUCACUUCAUCUACUUCAUGAAUCAGCAGCUUGUCGACAGCUUAUGCAAGAACGACUCGAUGAUUUUUAUAAUGACGUGAUGAACCAACGACAUUCAAAAAAUCCCCAUAUUCAACAUUCACUGAUGACUUGCUUACCACGACUUGUCGCUUUUAAUACCGAAAAAUUCAACAAAGAAUACCGUCGAGAAACUAUGAAUUAUUUAUUAAUGACACUGAGAGGCAGAGAGAAAGAUCGACACGCAGCGUUCAUGACAAUCGGAUUAAUUGCAGUAGCUAUUGGAGAUUCAAUUAAACCAUAUUUAUCAAAAAUAAUGGAAGUCAUUAAAAUGAGUCUGCCGUCUAAAGAAACACCCAGUAAAAAAAGAAGCGCGCCCUUGGAGCCAGCUGUAUUUAUCUGCAUCACACUGUUAGGUUUUGCUGUUAAAUCAGCGAUCAGUGCUGAUAUAAGAGACCUUUUGGACUCGAUGUUGGCCACUGGGCUAAGUCCCAUACUGACUACAUCACUCCGCGAACUAGCUCAAAAUGUUCCAUCUUUAAAACCAGACAUUUCACAAGGAUUAUUGCGAAUGCUGUCACAGGUGCUGAUGCACAAGCCGCUUCGGCAUCCAGGAGCCCCUUGGACAGCAACCAGUCCUAUAAUCACGACUCCCAAUGAGCCAACCGACGUUCCAUCGACUGUUCUAGCUCUCCGUACUCUUGGAACUUUUAACUUCGACGGUAAUCCUCUGUUACAAUUUGUUCGCAGAUGUGCAGACCAUUUUCUUACUUCAGACCAGUCGGAAGUAAGAUUAGAGGCUGUAAGAACUUGCUCGAGACUUCUCAGGCUUGCUUUAAACCAACCUGGGCCCACGGUGACUAAGACAGUCCACACUAUUAUUGAAAAACUUGUAAUCGUAGGUAUCACCGAUAUGGAAUCAGAUGUCAGGAUUUCUGUUUUUACAUCCUUAGAUUCUUCAUUUGAUAUCUACUUGGCUCAAUCUGAGAACUUAUCUUCUCUAUUUAUAGCGAUGAACGACGAAGUAUUUGACAUCAGGGAGAUUGUCAUCAGAACCACCGGACGUCUGAGCAUAAUAAAUCCUGCACACAUCAUGCCCUCGCUUCGAAAAUGUCUAAUUCAAUUUCUGACCGAGUUGGAGCACUCAGGAAUGGGUCGGAACAAAGAGCAAGCUACCAGAAUGCUCGACCAUCUAGUCGUCGGUGCGCCAAGACUAAUACGUCCCUACAUGGAACCUAUUCUUAAGGUCCUUGUGCCUAAAUUGAAAGAACCAGAAGCAAAUCCCGGUGUAGUGUUGGCUAUUCUCCGAGCAGUCGGUGAUUUAGCUGAAGUCAAUGGUGCGGAAAUGCAGCAGUGGAUGCCAGAGUUGCUUUCAAUCCUUCUUGAGAUGCUAGUUGACGCGAGUUCACCAGAAAAACGUGGGGUUGCUCUCUGGGUUCUCGGGCAGCUUGUCGGCAGUACUGGACACGUUGUCAAGCCUUAUAUGCAGUACCCGACACUUUUGGAAGUUUUAAUUAAUUUUCUAAAGACGGAGCAACAGCCGAUCAUCCGCAGAGAAACAAUCCGCGUACUAGGAUUACUCGGAGCUUUGGAUCCUUACAAACAUAAAAUGAGUCUCGGACAAAUUGACAGUCAAUUGGACACACUGACAUCGAUAAUGGACUCGAAAAGCGAACUGGAGAACAACCAGGAUUUAACUACCAGUGAAAUGUUAGUAAACAUGUCUUCGUCGAGCUUGGAAGAAUUUUAUCCAGCGAUAGCUAUCGCAACACUCAUGAGAAUAAUCCGCGAUCCAACCUUAGCUCAACAUCACACGAUGGUCGUUCAAGCGGUGACUUUUAUUUUUAAAAGUCUUGGUAUAAAAUGUGUUCCUUAUAUUUCUCAAGUAGUACCGAGCUUUUUGAACGUCGUUCGAACGGCAGAUGUUAAUUUCCGCGAGUAUUUAUUCCAGCAGCUUUCAGUUCUCAUCGCUAUCGUGAAGCAGCACAUAAGAAAUUACCUCGACGAUACAUUUAACUUGAUUAAAGAAUUCUGGACGAUCAACAGCCCGCUGCAAAGUACUUUAAUUAAUUUAGUACAAAAUAUUGCCAUAGCUCUAGGUGCCGAGUUCAAAGUUUACCUGCCUCAUCUGAUGCCACAGAUAUUGAAAGUUCUUUAUUCUGACAACAGCAAAGACCGCACUGUUACUGUGAAAUUACUCGAAGCGCUUCAAACAUUCGGUAACAAUUUGGACAAUUAUAUUCAUAUGGUUCUGCCGCCCAUAGUAAAUUUGUUUCAUGCCCCGGAUUGUCCGAUAGUCGUAAACAGAGUCGCUCUGGAGACUGUUGAUCAGCUGGCAGAUACUCUAGACUUUUCAGAAUACGUCUCAAGAAUUGUUCGUGCGGCUGUGAGAACUAUUGACUUGUGUCCGGAAUUGAGAAACACCACAAUGGAUAUGCUUUGUUCUCUAGUUAUGCAGCUCGGGAAGAAAUAUCAGUACUUUAUUCCUCUAGUACAGUCAUAUAUGACUAAACACAAGAUAAGUAAUUCCCAGUAUGAUGUUUUGGUAGAUAAAAUACUUACUGAAACUUCAGUACCCGACGGAGAUGAUUAUUUAUUAAUGAGACAUCGUCAUCCGCGGAACAGAAACCGAGAUCUCUCACUUGCGUCUUCUGACAUCACGACAAUUAAAUAUUUACAUGUUUCAGCGUCUAAUUUACAAAAAGCUUGGACUGCAUCUCGCCGAGUAUCUAAAGACGAUUGGUUGGAGUGGCUGAAAAGUUUAUCAAUAGGUCUUUUGAAAGAAUCACCAUCUCCUGCUUUGAGAUCAUGCUGGGCAUUGGCUCAAACUUACUCUCAGCUACCACGAGACUUAUUCAACGCUGCUUUCGUCUCCUGUUGGACGGAAUUAAACGAAACUUAUCGUGCGGAACUGAUCCAGACACUCCAGCAGGCGUUGAUGGUACCAGACAUUCCAGAGAUAACUCAGACAAUUCUAAACCUCGCUGAGUUUAUGGAUCACUGCGACAAAGGCCCUUUGCCUAUUGACUACAAAAUUUUAGGAGAGCGUGCGAUGAACUGUCGUGCGUAUGCUAAAGCUCUUCAUUACAAAGAAGAUGAGUUUCAUAAAAGCAGAAACGGUGCUGUAUUUGAGUCACUGAUAUCUAUUAAUAAUAAAUUGCAGCAAAAAGAAGCCGCUGAAGGUCUCUUGGAGUAUGUAAUGAACCAAAAUAACCAGCAGGAUUUGAAAGUCCAGGUACGCUGGUACGAGAAACUUCACAACUGGGACAAAGCACUGGAUCUUUACAGCGAGCGUUUGGAGACUGAUCCAUCUGACGUUGAGUCGACUCUAGGAAAAAUGCGAUGUUUGGAAGCUCUAGGCGAGUGGGGACAACUCCACGAGGUCGCGACACGCGAGUGGUCGAAUCAAAUUGAUGAUGCAAAACAACGAAUGGCGCGAAUGGCUGCAGCAGCUGCCUGGGGCUUGGGUCAGUGGGAGUCUAUGGAAAAAUAUGUGGCCCUAGUGCCUAAAGACACCCAAGAUGGUGCGUUUUAUCGAGCUGUUUUGGCGAUUCACAACGAACAGUAUAACGUAGCUCACCAGCUGAUCGACAAUGCUCGUGAUCUUCUAGACACUGAACUAACUGCGAUGGCUGGUGAAAGUUAUCAACGAGCUUACAACGCGAUGGUCGAGGUGCAAAAGCUAGCAGAGCUUGAAGAAGUUAUUCAAUUCAAACUAGUGCCCGAAAGAAGAGCCACUAUUAAAUCUAUGUGGUGGGAGAGGCUUCAAGGUGGGCAAAGAAUAGUCGAAGAUUGGCAGAAGAUCAUUCAAGUCCACACCCUGGUAGUGUCACCUCAAGACGAUAUGUACACGUGGUUAAAAUACGCUAGUCUCUGUAGGAAAAGCGGGAAUCUAAAACUUGAUCACAAGACUCUAGUGAUGUUACUAGGCUCUGAUCCUUCUAAGGCUCCAAAAGAUCCGCUUCCUACAACGCAUCCUCAAGUAACUUUCGCUUAUUGCAAGCACCUGUGGGUCGCAAAUGACCGCGAAGAUGCUUACAACCAGCUGCUUCACUUUGUCAUAAAUUCCGUAAAAUCUUUGAGCAAUUCUCCCAGCAAACUUGACGAAGAACAGCUGCAUCAGCACGAAGCUCACAGGCGACUUCUUGCCCGAUGCUAUCUGAAGUUAGGAGAAUGGCUUGAAUCCCUGCAGGGUAUCAACGAACACUCGAUCCCCGCUGUAUUGUCUUACUACGCAGCUGCGACUGAAUAUGACUCUUCUUGGUACAAAGCUUGGCACGCGUUUGCCUACACCAACUUCGAGUCGGUACUGUUUUACAAGCAUCAACAAGAAGAAACUGUUCCAGAAGCCAAUGGAGUACGUAAUCAGUCGAUACCAAGCUCUCAAUACAUUUCACACUUUACUGUGCCAGCUGUCGAAGGUUUCUUUAAAUCUAUUAAUUUAUCUCACGGUAAUUCUCUCCAAGAUACACUGAGAUUGUUGACCCUUUGGUUUGACUACGGACAGUGGCCCGAAGUUUACGACGCCAUUAUCGAGGGAAUAAGAAUGAUUGAGAUAAAUACUUGGCUGCAAGUUAUUCCUCAGCUUAUUGCAAGAAUCGACACGCCCCGAGCACUAGUCAGCCGGUGUAUUCAUCACCUUCUUAUUGAUAUCGGUAAGUCUCAUCCUCAAGCACUAGUUUAUCCUCUAACAGUAGCUUCCAAGAGUGCAAGUCUUGCGCGAAAAACCGCGGCGAAUAAAAUUCUGAAGAACAUGUGCGAGCACAGUCCGACUUUGGUAUCGCAGGCGAUUAUGAUAAGUGACGAGCUCAUCAGGGUUGCGAUUAUCUGGCAUGAGCUCUGGCACGAAGGUCUCGAGGAAGCCAGUAGACUUUAUUUUGGAGAGAAAAAUGUUGUUGGUAUGUUUGAGACUCUAGAGCCGCUCCAUACGAUGCUUGAAAGAGGAGCACAGACUCUGAAAGAGACAUCCUUUAUCCAGGCUUACGGGCGUGAUUUGAUGGAAGCUCAGGAAUGGUGUCACCGCUACAAAGUAUCCAACAAUGUCAGAGACUUGAAUCAAGCUUGGGAUUUGUAUUACCAUGUAUUUAGAAGAAUUUCACGGCAAUUGCCCCAACUUACAAGUCUAGAGUUGCAGUAUGUCAGCCCCAAGCUACUUCUCUGCAGAGACCUCGAGCUAGCCGUUCCAGGAAGCUACGUUCCAGGGCAAUCGAUUGUCAGGAUAGCCAGCAUCCACAGCUCAAUGCAAGUUAUCACCAGUAAACAGCGUCCUCGCAAGCUUUGCAUCAAGGGGUCCAACGGUAAGGAUUACAUGUUUCUUUUAAAAGGACACGAAGAUCUGAGACAAGAUGAACGGGUUAUGCAGCUCUUCGGACUCGUCAACACUCUUUUGCUUCACGAUCCAGAUACUUUCAGGCGAAAUUUAACAAUUCAGAGAUACGCUGUCAUACCGCUGUCGACUAACAGCGGCCUCAUUGGCUGGGUUCCACACUGCGACACGUUGCACACCCUGAUCCGCGAUUACCGAGACAAAAAGAAAAUUCUUCUGAAUAUCGAGCAUAGAAUUAUGUUGAGAAUGGCCCCUGACUAUGAUCAUUUAAUGCUGAUGCAGAAGGUCGAAGUCUUUGAACACGCGCUGGAACACACCCAUGGCGAUGAUCUAGCAAGGUUGCUCUGGUUGAAGUCGCCAUCAAGUGAAACUUGGUUUGACCGGCGUACUAAUUACACGCGUAGUCUUGCGGUGAUGUCAAUGGUCGGCUACAUUUUAGGCCUGGGAGACCGACAUCCGUCGAACUUGAUGCUGGAUCGUUUGAGCGGAAAAAUUCUCCACAUUGAUUUUGGGGAUUGCUUUGAAGUUGCGAUGACUAGGGAAAAAUUCCCAGAGAAAAUUCCAUUCAGGCUAACGAGGAUGCUGAUUAACGCGAUGGAAGUCACUGGAAUUGAAGGGACUUAUAGAAAAACAUGCGAAUCGGUAAUGUCUGUCUUACAUCGCAAUAAAGACAGUUUGAUGGCUGUUCUUGAAGCAUUUGUGUACGAUCCGCUGCUUAAUUGGAGGCUGAUUGAUAAUAAUGCAACCAAGAGCAAGCGAUCAGACGCACAGAGUAUGAAUACCAGCAGCAGUCAAGAGCAUGGAGAUAUUCUCGACUCGUUGAACUCUACUUUGCCGAAAAAAGGAGCUUUGAGUGCUGAAAGUACUAAUGCUGAUGUUAAUCAACCUGAGGCGCUGAAUAAAAAAGCCCUGGCUAUCACCAACAGGGUGAGAGACAAGUUGACUGGGCGCGAUUUCUCCCACGAAGAAACUCUCAAUGUCAAGCGGCAAGUCCAGCUGCUUAUUCAGCAGGCGACUAAUAAUGAAAAUUUAUGCCAGUGUUAUAUUGGAUGGUGUCCAUUCUGGUAA